CUGUGAGACCGCGUGACCAGCGUGUUUACAACCUGUCUGUCUGAUCGAUACUAAUCAAUACUGAUACCAGUGAUCAGUGACCAGAGGACUGAGACAUGGACCCCCCGCAGCUGAUCCUGGACCAGUUCAAACCCAGCGGGGAAGCUGAGACCGUCUGGUUGAAGGAGAUCUUCAUCUUCCUCUCACAACACGUGACUCCUCCUGCUGAUGACUCACUGACAGGUGUGAGUGCCGAUCAGCUGAGUGUGUGUGUGGUGAAGAAGAUACAAGAGAACACGGCCGUCACAAACAUCUUACCUGUCAGCUACAGACCGGUGUCUGUCUCAGGGCUGCUCUCCCUGCAGCACCUGGCCUGUGUCAGUAACCUGUCCUGGAGCACCAAUCAGCAGCGAGCCUGGGCAAAGGAGGCGGAGCUUUCUCUGCCGGGUCACCUGGCUCUGCCGCGGGUCAACCUGCUUCUGAUUGGCUGUCUAAGAGAGGGGCGGGACGGAGAGUGGAGGCUGACGGACGCCAGCGGCAGCGUCAGGUGUGAGUGCCUGUCUCCCUCUCCUUCGUGGCUGAACCGUCCUGUCUUCCUCUCUCACUGGAACUACAUCCCCCACAAUGCCCCGGGGCAGGAGGAGGCCCGAGGCUACGUGGAGAUGGUUGGUCCUCCUGCUUUCUUGUGUCCUGGUCCUGAGCAGGGAUUGGCUGUUGGUCCUGAAGGAGGGGCGGGGCUUAGCAGAGCUGUUGCAGUCAGAGAGGCUGCUGGUUUACUGGACAACAGGACUCGUGGACAGCGUGUCUCAGUCUUUGGUCUGGUGGGUUCAGUGUGCCCUCAGCUGAUCGUGGCAGGAACAGCCUUCUUCUGCUUCUGUCUGAAGGACGACUCUCACAGUCUCCGUGUCCUCGUCAAGGACAGAAGCAGGCUGUGGUGGACUCAGUGUGUGUAUGUUGGUCAGAGUGUGUGUGUGACGGCGUUGCGUGUGUGUGUCCUGCGAGGCUGGAGAGGAAACAACAUCCUGUGUGUGACGGAACAAUCUGAAUUGCACACAAACUUCACACACACUCCUGUAGGCGACACACACACUGACACACCGUUGGACACGCCCCCACCGCUGAUGAUGUCACACGUUGAUGAUGAAGACUGCGAGGAGGCGGAGCCUGAAAGAGGCGUCAACGAAUCAGGUGUCAGGAUGAAAAAGUCCCGAGUCAUCAGUUACCAGGGCACUGUGACGAAGGUGGUGAGUGAGGGGGCCGGACUGUACGUGAUUGACAGGAAGGUGGGGCUGUGCCUGGCCUAUCAGCCGACACUGAGGAGAAAACUGAGAGCAGGAGACUCUGUGGAGUCUUAG